GCCCACGGUUCAACAUCCAAAGGACAGUUUUUUGGAGCACCUCUCACUAUUGUAAUCUCCUUUGAGGAAUUACAAAAUUAUAUUUAAAAAAAGAAAAGAAAAGAAAAAGUAAGAGCAUUUCUUUUUUUUCUUUUUCCAUUUUAGUUUGUCUUGUUAUUCAGAGUGGGGGAGUAAGAGGAGAGGGUGGAUUCAUAGUGAGAAGAGAGAGAGGGUUGAGGUUGAAGAUCUUGUCAGAUCGAGCAACAACUGCUACCCAAUCUUCCACAUUAUCUCCUUUUAAUUUUUCAGGAUCAUGGGGAGGGAGCCAAGUGCUGUAGCAGUCAUACAAAAGCCAAAUGGUGUUGCUCAUGACAUAGUACACGUUGCGCCGAGAGUUGCUCACCAUGACAUAGUUCAUGUAGCACCGAGAGUCCCUGGUAGAAACAUGGAGGCCAAGGACUAUGAAGUAAAGGAAUGUACUGAAGAAAACUUGAUCAUUGAAAAAUAUGAUGAGAAGGUAGAGGUUUUAAGUAUCAAAAGCACUAAUGUUGAUGGUGAGGAGAAAUAUGAGAAGUCUCGAGUUGAAAAGUUUGGUGAGUACAAGAAGUCAAGCCCAAUUGGAUCAAAAUCUCCAGGAAAUAUGAAGGGGCAAUACACUGUUCCUCAGCCGUUUACAUUGGAAACUGAAAAGCGUGGUCCGUGCGCACAUAAUAUUGGAAACGAUGCAACUACCACUACUGGUGUCAACAUUUCACCAAAUCUGCAAUCUCCUAGUGCUAAGAAGAACUCUCAGCCAAAUUCACCUCCUUCGUUAAGGAAGCAUGUGCAGCUGGAUAAAAAAUACCAUGAUGAAGAAGAUAAUUGGUCCAUCACUUCCUCUGUUGCUACUUCUGUGAAAUCUAAGGUAACGGUCGGUGUUGCUCCAACUUUUCGAUCAGCUAGUCGUGCUGAGAGAAGGAAGGAGUUUUACCAAAAGUUGGAAGAGAAACACCAAGCUUUGCAAGCAGAGAAAAGCCAGUAUGAAGCCAGAACAAAGGAAGAGCAAGAGGCAGCCAUCAAGCAACUGAGGAAGAGCUUAAUCAUCAAAGCAAACCCAGUGCCUACUUUUUACUAUGAGGGACCCCCACCCAAAGUUGAACUCAAAAAGCUGCCACUGACACGACCCAAGUCACCGAAUUUUACUAGAAGAAGGAGCUGUGGCGAUGCAGUUAACUCAAAUAUAGAGAAGGGAAAAGAAUGUGGUAGAGUGAAACGACACAGCCUUGGAAGCAUCAGAACAGACCCGACUAAUGUUAUGACAACACCAAAAACAAAGGGGCAAAUCAGCGGUCGGAAUAGCGGUAGCAGGGUGAAGGAGAAUAAGGAGACAACAAAAACAAGUGGUGCUAAGAUUCCUGAGCAGAGAAGCAAUUUGAAUAUAGCAGUUCAGUCAUGAAGUUAGGAGUUUUGUCUGACUUGAGAAAAAAAGGGUUCUUCAUCUUGUAUUUGUUAUUGUUGCCAAAUGGAUAUUUCUAAAAGGAGCUGUCCUUUUUGUUUUCAGUUUUAACUGGAUUUUGGUAAUAUGAAAUUUGUAAAUGUUUUGUAGUUAUGAUUUGUACUGACAAAUAGCUUACUAGUUGUGUUUAGAGAGUGUGUGUCUGAUUUUACUACUUUUUCCUUUCUUUCCUUUUUUCCUUUUGUUUUGGGAAGAUUUAUUUCACAGUUGAGAGAAGAUUGAGCACAAGAGAAGUAGAAUAGCAUCAAUGUAUGGUUUCUUUUGUCGCAAAAUCUUUAUGCUAAAGAUUUGAGGUUGCUAAUUGGAACUUAGAUUUUGAAUGUCA